AUGCUUGGGAUGAUGCUUGAGAUAAUGCUUGCGAUUAUGCUUGGGAUGAUGCUUGAGAUGAUGCUUGCGAUGAUGCUUGGGAUGAUGCUUGCGAUGAUGCUUGGGAUGAUGCUUGAGAUGAUGCUUGAGAUGAUGCUUGGGAGGAUGAUGCUUGAGAUUACACCUCAGAUUACACCUCAGAUUACACCUCAGAUUACACCUCAGAUUACACCUCAGAUUACACCUCAGAUUACACCUCAGAUUACACCUCAGAUUACACCUCAGAUUACACCUCAGAUUACACCUCAGAUUACACCUCAGAUUACAUGCACCGCACCGUCCACACACCAAUAA